AUGAAGGACAAAACCAUUUGUGGCACUUCAAGGUCUAGUUCCCACAUACCAGCCUCCUAUCAAAGAGCUACAAAGAUAUGAAAUGCAACAGAAAUGAGUGAGCAGGCAGUGACUCCUUCCAAGCACCAGAAGAAAAAGAUGCCUAAGAACACCAGGGAGAAAGAUUCUUCUGCUCCAGCUCAUGCAUGGAGGCUCAUAGCAGGGAUUUUGGGGACCUUCUGUUUGGCUUUGCUCAUAGCAGUGGGGGUCUUGGCUGCAAAUGUUUUUCAGAUCUCCCAUGUAUCAUGUAGACAGCAGGAUAACCUCAGCCAGCGCCAGGAAAUUACCCAAGCUAAGAAUGGAAACCUGCCAAAGGUUUUGAACAGGAAAGAUGAAGGGUGGAAGUUUCUUUGCCCAGAAAAUUGGUUUCCCCAUGGAGAUAAAUGUUACCACUUUUCUACUGAAUCCAAACCUUGGAUGGAGAGUCAAAAGGCCUGCUCUUCUCAUGACUCCAGACUCCUCCUUGUAGAAAACAAAGAAGAGCUGGAUUUCAUAAAUCCCCUGGCAACUUCUCACUGGAUAGGAUUGAUACGUGAGACGACUGACAGGUUGUGGACGUGGGUGAAUGGUACAGCUUUCUCCACUGACUGGUUUGCAAUAAAUAAAGGAUACAUUGAUGGGAACUGUGCACUUGUCACAGGUGGAGAGAACUCCUCUGGUCCAUGCAAAGAUUCAAAGCACUAUAUUUGUGAGCAGCUGGUUCUUUGGCCAAAGCCUGACAUAUUGGCAUGA